AGAGCUGCGCCGCAGCGAGCAGAGCCCGACGGCAGGUGCGGCACCGCGGAGGGAGGGCAGGCGGGCGAGCAGUAGCCCGUGCAGGUUAAAGACAUACGCUGAAGGCUGCUGUAGUGAGGAGUGGAAAUUCUUCACUGUGAGAACUGACUGCAGUUCCCUCAUGUGCUCCCCUGCAUGAUGCCGGAUAGCUUCUGAAGAAAUUCUAUGAAUUUUCACAGAAUCACAGAAUGGUCAGGGUUGGAAGGGACCGUUAGAGAUCAUCUGGUCCAACACCCCCUUCAGAAGCAGGUCCACCUAAAUCAGGUCACCCAGGAACGUAUCCAGGCAGCUCCUGAAAAUCUGCAGAGAAGGAGACUCCACAAACUUCAGGGCUGAUGCUAGUUUAAUCUCAAGACUUUGAAAAUACUAUACACAUGGCACAGAUUGUAACAUUUUGUCAGAUGCUAUUAGUUCUUCUACUUCAUGAUUACGUUUCAGCUGAAGAUGGAGAAACAAGAGCAAGUUGCAGAACUGCUCCAGCAGAUUUAGUUUUUAUCUUAGAUGGAUCUUACAGCGUUGGCCCAGAAAAUUUUGAAAUAAUAAAAAGCUGGCUUGUCAACAUUACAAGAAAUUUUGACAUAGGGCCAAAGUUUAUUCAAGUUGGAGUUGUCCAGUAUAGUGAUUACCCUGUGCUUGAAAUUCCCCUUGGAAGUCAUGAAUCCACUGAGAACCUCAUCAGGGAAAUGGAGUCCAUACACUACUUGGGAGGAAAUACAAGAACGGGAAGAGCUAUUCAGUUUGCCUAUGACCAUCUUUUCGCAAAAUCUUCAAGAUUUUUGACAAAAAUAGCAGUUGUUCUUACUGAUGGAAAAUCCCAAGAUGAAGUCAAAGACGUAGCAGCAGAAGCAAGGAAAAAUAAAAUCACUCUGUUUGCUAUUGGUGUUGGCUCAGAAAUUGAGGAGGAUGAACUUAAAGCUAUCGCUAACAAGCCUUCAUCGACUUAUGUAUUUUAUGUUGAAGAUUAUAUCGCAAUAUCAAGAAUUAAAGAAGUUAUAAAGCAGAAACUCUGUGAAGAAUCUGUUUGUCCAACAAGAAUUCCAGUGGCAGCUCGAGAUGAAAAAGGAUUUGACAUUCUUGUAGGAUUAGGUGUGAAGAAAAAGGUGAAAAAGAGAAUUCAAAUACCAACCACUAGUGCAAAAGCUUAUGAAGUAACCUCACGUGUUGAUUUGUCAGAACUGACAAGGAAUGUGUUUCCAGAAGGUUUGCCUCCAUCUUAUGUGUUUGUUUCCACUCAAAGAUUUAAAGUAAAAAAGACAUGGGAUUUGUGGAGAAUUCUAAGUCUGGAUAAGAGACCACAGAUAGCAGUCACUAUUAAUGGAGAAGAGAAAACAUUAUCAUUCACUACAACAAGUUUAAUAAAUGGCACACAAGUAAUUACUUUUGCUGCACCUCGUGUAAAGACAUUGUUUGAUGAAGGCUGGCAUCAAAUUCGUCUCUUAGUAACAGAAGACUUUGUGACUUUGUAUAUAGAUGGCCAAGAAAUUGAAGUGAAGCCAUUACAUCCUGUUUUAGGCAUUUACAUCAGUGGCCUAACUCAAAUAGGAAAGUAUUCUGGAAAGGAGGAAACUGUACAGUUUGAUAUACAAAAACUGCGAAUCUACUGUGACCCAGAGCACAAUAAUCGAGAAACAGUCUGUGAGAUCCCAGGAUUUUGCAUGAAUGGUCCUAGUGAUGUAGGCUCAACACCUGCCCCUUGCAUAUGCCCACCAGGAAAACAAGGACCUCCAGGCCCCAAAGGGGACCCCGGACAGCCUGGGAAUCAUGGUUAUCCUGGUCAGCCUGGUCCAGAUGGUAAGCCUGGAUAUCAGGGAUCAUCAGGAACUCCAGGUAUCCCUGGAACUCCAGGGGUUCAAGGACCACGUGGCUUACCAGGUAUCAAGGGAGAGCCAGGAAAAGAUGGGGCUAAGGGUGACCGUGGAAUACCUGGUUUUCCUGGAUUACAUGGAAUGCCAUCACCAAAGGGAGAAAGGGGCCCUAAAGGGGAUCAAGGAGUGCCAGGAAUAUAUGGAAAAAAGGGCUCAAAAGGAGAGAAAGGGGACACAGGGUUUCCAGGAAUGCCUGGGCGAUCUGGAGACCCUGGCAGAAGUGGGAAAGAUGGAUUACCGGGAAGUCCUGGUUUCAAGGGAGAAGUUGGGCAGCCUGGAUCUCCAGGUCAGGAAGGGCAUCGAGGAGAACCCGGAAUUCCUGGAAUCCCUGGAAAUCAAGGAGCAAAAGGACAAAAGGGUGAAAUUGGACCACCUGGUCAACCAGGAGCAAAAGGGUCACCAGGGGAUACUGGUUUGAUGGGACCAGAAGGUUCAUUUGGUCUACCUGGAGCUCCUGGGCCUAAGGGUGAUAAAGGCGAACCUGGAAUACAGGGGAAACCAGGAUCAUCAGGAGCCAAGGGAGAACUAGGAGUACCAGGUACUCCGGGUGAACCAGGCUACCCAGGCAUUCCUGGUACCCAGGGUAUAAAGGGGGAAAAAGGAAACCAAGGUGAAAGUGGUGUCCAGGGACAAAAAGGAGAAAAAGGAAGACAAGGAAAUCCAGGCUUACAGGGAGUAGAAGGAUUGAGCGGAGAUCGAGGAGAGAAAGGUGACAAAGGAGAUCCGGGCAUUCGAGGAAUCAAUGGGCAAAAAGGAGAAUCUGGUAUCCAGGGUUUGGUUGGACCUCCUGGUCUCAGGGGUCAACCAGGAGAUAGAGGACCUCCGGGACUACCUGGAUCAGAUGGAAAACCUGCACGAGAAUUUUCUGAAGAGUUUAUUCGACAGGUGUGUUUGGAUGUGCUGAGAACCCAGUUGCCUGCCAUCCUCCAGAGUGGAAGACUACAAAACUGUAACCACUGUCAAGGCCAAAGUGCUUCCCCGGGACUUCCAGGACCACCAGGUCCCAGGGGCCCUGAAGGCCCCAGAGGGUUUCCUGGUUUACCAGGAAAUGAUGGCAUUCCAGGGCUGACAGGCAUCCCAGGUCGCCCAGGGGCUCGUGGGACAAGAGGAUUGCCAGGGAAAAAUGGUGCAAAAGGCAAUCAAGGAAUUGGGGUUCCUGGGAUCCAAGGCCCCCCAGGACCUCCAGGCCCUGAAGGUCCGCCAGGUAUGAGUAAGGAUGGACGGCCUGGAGAGCGUGGGCAGCCUGGCAAGGAUGGAGAUCGAGGCAGCCCGGGAAUGCCGGGACCGGUUGGACCCCCUGGAAUUUGUGACCCUUCACUAUGUUUUAGUGUAAUUGUGGGGAGAGAUCCAUUUAGAAAGGGACCAAAUUAUUGAUUUGUGAUACAACAACUUAGAGGACUAGGUAUGGUGCUUGUCUUUUAUGGUCUUUCAAGCCUCAGGAGGGUGACCAGCUAUAAUCCCAUGAUCAGGAACAAAAGUACCUCUGGCAUUAUAAACGUUACAGAUAAUGAUCCCAAAGGUUAUCCACACCUUUAGGAAAAAAAACUCCAAACACUUUUUUUUUUUAAUAACUUCCAUCAGUUGAAUCUCAAGUCUUUUUUAAAGACAUCAGCAGUUUUAAUAGGAAUAAAAUUAACUAUAGCAUUUGACGCUUAGUAUUUAAGUGACCUGUCGUACUCCUGUUACCACUGAAGUCCUUUGCGAAAUUGCUGGAGAUGCCACUGGGAGCAGGAUUAGGCCUUAAAUUAUUGGUCAGGUAUAAAUUACUGUGAAAUUUUUCACAUGCAGCUGACAUAUAAAGUAUUUGAUUUUGAAAGUAUAUGGCUGACUUUGACUUCAUAUGUGUGUGACUCUCAUUGGCUGUGUACAUUUUGUAUGUCAUAGCUUUUAAGUGUUCUGUGAGCAAAAGCAUUUAUCAGAUUUUUAUAAAAUAAGACACAUACCUGGGCUUACUAUGGAAGCAAUAUCACCCAUUUUUCUAUGAAACUCUUUGCUUAAAACCAAGGGCAAAUGCAAAGGUCGAAGUACUGGUUCAAGAAGGGCCAAGGUUUUACUAAAGAUAGUAGUCAGCUACAAAAAGUUAAAAGGUUCCAUGUGGGUGAUUCAACUUACAUGAAAAUAGUGUUAAAAGAAGAACAAAGAGGACAAAGAACUGAUAUAGCUGGCUUGUAGCUGUGAUUUGAGAAAAACAAAAAUUAUGUUCUGUGUAAUUAAGUAUUAAGUUAUAUACCUUUUGCCAUUUCUCCCCAAGGACUGCAGUUGCCAAGUUGAAGAAGUAGGUUUACAAUGAGAAAGGUUUUGCUGCUGGCUGACUAGCUGCAAUGUUUGUUAUGCUGUUUCCUUUUUCAUUUUAAGCAAGCUAUGUGUACUUUUCAUUGUAUGCUUUGCUUUUCAUUGUAUGCUUUGAGAUGUAUUGCUUGCUUUUACAUAAAGAGCAAAGGCACAGUUCCAUUGAGGGUUUAAAAUUCAUUUCUUAAAUUAAUACAGAGUCUUGUAUUGAACUUAACCAAUGCUUUAUAAGUGGCUUUUUCUAAUGUGUUGUUUUUCCUAUUGUCCUCCUAUCAGAGAUUAGUAAUAUGC